GACUCCCCAUUGAGCAGGGAACCCAAUGUGGGGCUUGAUCCCAGGACCCCAGGAUCAUGCCCUGAGCCAAAGGCAGAUGCUUAACCGACUGAGCCACCCAGGCGCCCCAUCAUUACUGAUUUGCUGGCGAGUUACAAUAUGGUUUGUUAUUAGUAGCUGUUCGAGUACUGUCAGGGGCUAGAGCCAGUCCCAGAAGAUUCCAAAAGAGCUGCUUAACUAAGGUCAUCCGAGGGAAGCCACUCGGAUACCUGUGGUUCUGAGUCCAGCAAGACCAGCAGACGAGGUUCCUGGACCAAACAGUGCGCGGAUGUGUUUGAUGAGGCUGGGACACAGCUGCGUGGAGACGGACCUUCGGCACAACCACACAAAGGGCACGCAGGGCAGGUAAUCUCUCUGUUUGUAACGCCAGAUUGUAGGAGCCCAUCGCCUCCUGUCCUGCAUAGGAAACCCCGGAAGAGGAGCUUUCUUGAGACAUUACAUGGAGGCUACAUCGGCAGCCGCCUCUCGAUUCUCUUUCUAUCAGACCUGUGACUCCCAAAGCUUAGCAUUCAUUUUGACUAUAAGAGUGUAAGUAUGUAAUCUCUGAUGCAUACAUUUAUUAAAAAUGGAAUCUCCUGUCCUUGGUGUUUUCUUAAGGAUUCCUCCCUCUGAUAAUGCAUCACCAAAGCAAAGAGUUGCUUUAUUUAAUGUACUCUGCUUUUAUGAUACGUCGUUUUCUUUUUCUUCUUUAAAGGAAAGAGGUUUCUGCAAUCAAUUUACAGUACAUGGGAUUGGGAGCAUGGGAAGGAAAUAAUGGGUGUGGAAGUCCGUGAAAGAGGCUGAGGUCUGAGAUGACUAGGGUGUUCCUGAAGGUUCCAAGAAUGCCCAGGGGCUGGCCCCCAGCCCUCAUAAAAUCCACGAGAGACCAGUGCCCCAUCUGAACCUCCAGGAGCUGCUCCAUUGUGAACUCAUUCUCCUCCUCCCUCCUCUUCAGCGCCUCUGAAAACCAUGAGUAGAGCUGAGGGACGGGCUAACUGAGGGGCCCUUGGAUGGAGAUCUAGCUGGAAAGAGUCUGGAACCAGGAAUGUAGGGACCUGAAGUUUAGUCCUGGUGCUUUCUUAAACUCCCUGUGCAACCUUGGACAAGCCCUUCACUCUCUAGUCUUCUGUUUCACCAUCUGUGAAUCAAGGGAGCUAUGUCUUUGGGUCUCGGGUGCCGUGGAGCCAGGCCAGGGACAAGCAGUGGGGCGGGAAACAGCCCCUUCAUCUCCUACCGAAAGGCACAUGUCAGCUGUCCUUUAUGAACACCUCAUCCAAGGCAAUGAUGCAUGAUUCUGAGACUGGUGUAAUCUGGAACUGGCAGCCUGGAGGUCUGGGAUAGCCAGGAGUCACUGGGAGCGCAGGGAAGCUAUAACUUGGAAGCUCUUUGCUUCCUUGGGAGGGGAGUGGGGGGGGGGGUCCUUCCUCAGGAAGCCACCAUCCCGGGAGCACGUCAGAAUAGUAUAUUUGUAUGAAGUCAGACUCUGGUCUUUGGUCUUGGUGGUAAGGAAUCUCCACCCCCCCCCCAAAACAAAACAAAAACAAUACUCAGAGGAUGUGGUGGUCUUUAUUCAGAGAAAUCAAGGUGAACUGAACAAAUCUCAGGACCCUGGUAGAGCAAGAGGGUAAGUUGGGGAAUUUUAUCAAUAAGCAAAAUGGGUCCACCUUUGCUCCCUUCGUGGUCCGGUCGCUCGCUCGGGGGCCCGGGCUGAGACCCCCCGCUUCACUGGGACCCCCGCCUUCGCUCAACUCUCGCUUGGGACCAUGACCUCUGAGGUGGUGUGGCACCUGCUCUAUCAGUCUCACAUGCCAACAAAAACAACUUGUAUGUCCUCACAAGUAUCUGAUGAUGAACAGAAACAAACAAAGGAAGAUAUUCAUUCUUUAACUAUGUCUGGCCAUGUUGGUUUUGAGAGUUUGCCUGAUCAGCUGGUCAACAGAUCCAUUCAGCAAGACUUCUGUUUUAAUAUUCUCUGUGUGGGGGAGACUGGAAUUAGAAAAUCAACGCUGAUUGACGCAUUGUUUAAUACUAAUUUUGAAGACCAUGGAUCCUCACAUUUUUACCCACAUGUUAGACUUAGAGCCCAGACAUAUGAACUCCAUGAAAGUAAUGUUCGAUUGAAAUUGACCAUUGUGAAUACAGUAGGAUUUGGUGACCAAAUAAACAAAGAAGAGAGCUACCAAUCGAUAGUUGACUACAUAGAUGCUCAGUUUGAGGUCUGUCUCCAAGAGGAGCUGAAGAUCAAGUGCUCUCUCUUUAACUACCAUGAUUCUCGCAUCCACGUGUGCCUUUACUUCAUCUCCCCUACAGGUCACUCUCUGAAGCCACUGGAUCUCUUAACAAUGAAGAGCCUUGACAGCAAGGUGAACAUUAUACCAGUGAUUGCCAAAGCAGAUGCAAUUUCUAAAGCUGAAUUACAGAAGUUUAAGAUCAAGCUCAUGAGUGAAUUGGUUAGCAACGGUGUUCAGAUAUACCAGUUUCCAACAGACGAUGAAACUAUUGCUAAAAUCAAUGCUUCAAUGAAUGGACAUUUGCCGUUUGCUGUUGUAGGAAGUAUGGAUGAGGUAAAAGUCGGAAAUAAGAUGGUCAAAGCUCGCCAGUACCCUUGGGGUGUUGUUCAAGUGGAAAAUGAAAACCACUGUGACUUUGUAAAGCCCCGGGAAAUGCUCAUUUGUACAAACAUGGAAGAUCUGCGAGAACAGACCCACACUAGGCAUUAUGAACUUUACAGGCAUUGCAAACUGGAGGAAAUGGGCUUUACAGAUGUGAGCCCAGAGAAUAAGCCACUCAGUCUUCAAGAGACCUAUGAAGCCAAAAGACAUGAAUUUUAUGGUGAACGUCAGAGGAAGGAAGAAGAAAUGAAGGAGAUGUUUGUGCAGCGAGUAAAGGAGAAACAAGCCAUAUUGAAAGAAGCUGAAAGAGAGCUGCAGGCCAAAUUUGAACACCUUAAAAGAGUUCAUCAAGAAGAGAGAAUGAAGCUUGAAGAGAAGAGAAGACUCUUGGAAGAAGAAAUAAUUGCUUUCUCAAAAAAGAAAGCUACCUCAGAGAUAUACCAGAACCAGUCCUACAUGGCAUCGGGCAGCAACCUAAAGAAGGACAAGGACCAUAAGAACUCCAAUUUUAUGUAAAGCAAAGGUUCCAGAUCACAGAAGGUCAUCACAAGCAAAAAUUAUUAAAAUGUUAGAAGUAUGCUUUGAUUUUCUUGCUGUUUUUAUUUGCUGUAUCAUUUAUUCUAUAUCUGGCAAAUGGCUGUAGUUACUGCCAUUUAUGGAAAAAUAUUUUUAAGUAUAAGGUUAAUACAUAAACCACAGUGGGUGAUAUCACUUUUAUAUUCACUGUUGUUAGAAGUUUUCAAGUUGCUGGUUUGUGAUGAAUCUAAAUCAUUUCUCCUGCUGCCCAGUUAUUGUCACUUACGUGCAUUGUACCACAGAGCAAAGUGUCAGUGCCAUUGAAAAUACAGAAGUCAUUCAUUAUAUGGCUAUCUGAUUGCAUUUAUAUUCCAAGAUGAACUCCUUUUUUGUACAUACUAAAGGUAAAUUUUGGGAAAUAUGUUUUAAAAUGUAUUAUGUACCUGAAGCUCUAACCUCUUUAAUAGUUUCAUAGAACUUUUUAAUUUUUGAUACCCAUUAUCCAAUUGGUAACAUGAUCCUAAGCUUUUGUAUCAAAUUAUGUAACAUGGCCUUCCACAGUUCAGUGUGCCUUAUUGUGGUUGAUGUAUUGUUGUGAUGAAACAAGAUGUGUGUAAAAGUAAAAACAUCUAGGUAUAAAUCCAUUUUCUAGUGAUGAGCACCUUUGAACCUGGGGUAUCGCCACUCUAUUUCAUUAGAAUGUUUUACAUACUUGUUGUUUAAAACUCUGUUUUCCAGGGGAAAAAUCAUAACGUAGAAUCAUCUUAUUAAAAAUAUUUCUUAA